AUGGCCAAGCUUUUCCAAACCCUAAUUCCAGUGCUUUCCUCCAUAGCCUUGCUCCUUGCCAUCGCCAACACGGCAUGGUCGCAGACCACCUCCUUCACGUAUGAUUUCUACGGCGGCCCAAAGCCAACUGACCUACUGUUACAAGGCGACGCCAACUUCCCAUCCGGCUCCACCUACCUCCGCUUGACCAGAACCGACGACUCGGGCAACCCGCUAACGUACCGCGUUGGCCGAGCCGUGUAUUCCAACCCGAUCACAUUUUGGCUAGAUGGGGCCCAGGUGGACUUUGAAACCACCGUAAAAUUCAUCAUAAAACCCAAAGCCGGCGACACCGACGUCCCAGCCGAUGGCUUCACCUUCUUCAUCCAGCCUGUUGGCUCCCCAAUCGGUUUCACCGGCGGCAGCUUUGGAAUAUUUGACGAAUCCGGUCAAAAUCCAUCCACCUUCGCGGUGGAAUUCGACAUCUUCACCAACCCCGGAGUGGAUCCGAGUUACCCUCAUGUUGGGAUUGACAUUGAAUCAAAUGUUUCCAAAAACACAACCGACGUCGGGGACGCACUUAUUGGGCAGGAGGUGACUGCCCGCAUCGACUACGAGGAAGCUACCAAAGUGAUCAGCGUUCACGUCACGGCGGGCUCUAAAACUUUUGAGGUGAGCUAUGUGUACGACUUGAGCACCAUUCUCCCUCAGCAGGUUGAGGUCGGAAUAUCCGCUACCACCGGGGGCCAAGUCGCCGUUCACGACCUCAUAUCGUGGUAUUUCACUUCCACUCUUGUGCAUACCAGUGCCGACCGCGACGCCCACAUUCGCCAAUAUGUGUGA